GACGCAGAAGAAGACUGGAGGGAUUGUGAGGAGAGGGAGAUAAUGGGUAAAUGAGAGGGAGAGAGAAUGGGUAAACAAGAGGACGAGAUGCAGAGAAAGAUGAUUACCUCACAUCUCACAUGUCUGACUGGAUGAUUCGCUCUAUUGUGGCGGGAACAAUAACGGUCGCCGCGCGUGGCGGGUUUAAAACCCCAGAGGCGCGAGGACAGAGCGCAAUCUUCGCGGGAGACUGUAACCGUCAGAGAGGACGCUCUCAUUGAUGGUGUUCACUCUGGUAAGCGGGGCCUCACUGUGUGGUGUGGCGGCCCUCGUGCUCCUCAUCAUCUCCACAGCAACAGACUAUUGGAUGCAGUAUCGCUACUCAGGGAACGCAGCCAAUCAGGGCCUCUGGAGGUUCUGCAUCAAUCGCAAGUGCCACGCCCACACACUCAACGUGGCAUUCUGGGACGCCACGCGGGCCUUCAUGCUGCUGUCGCUGCUGGGCUGUUUCGCUGGAGUCCUUCUGAGCGUCACUGCGUCUAAACGAGGCCGAAGCAAACGAGUGCGGGCCGGAGGAGUCGCUCUGCUUCUGUCCGGAUUUCUCGCGCUUUUGGCUCUGGCGAUCUACACCGGGAUGACCGUCAACUUCUUCGGGAGGCGCUACAUCGGCUGGAGGUUCUCAUGGUCUCAUAUUCUGGGAUGGAUCGGCACCAUACUGGCUCUGGCAGCAGGAGUUCUGCAGCUCUGUGCUUAUCAGAGAAGCUUCAGUGAAGCGACGCCUGUGUCUCUGACAGCUGAUCCCUGAUCAUCACAAAACACUGAGCGCUGCAAUCCUGGAGGAAAUAAACUGCGUUUGGACUCUUUCUUGGUGCAUGUUUUAUUUUUCCAACAGAACAG